UCUCUCUCUCUCUCUCUCUCUGGCUGGCUGGCUGGCUGGCCCGCUAUUCCUCAUCAGGGAUAUAGAACUCAAAAAGACAGCUAAACACACCAUAUACUUCCGGUUCCGGUGCUUACCGCAGGGACCCACCACCCGGUGGCUUGGAUCCACCACUACCAUCAUUAGGGUUCCUUUUUCUUCCACUACUUUUUUGCUGUACUGAUUGCAUGAUUUACAACAACUUUUUCUAGUCUUUUGAUCGGUUGAUUGUUGAGAUAGUGAUUGGGUCUGUAUGGGUUCGAAGCCGUGGUUGCAUCCGGCUCCGACCUAUCGAACAUUAGAGAGCUAUUGGGACACCGACGAAGACGCCCCUGGCCCUCGCUGCGCUCACACUCUCACCGCCGUUGCCGCCACCAAAACCCAUGGUCCCCGCCUCAUCCUCUUCGGUGGCGCCACCGCCAUCGAGGGUGGCGGUGGAGGCGCCCCCGGCAUCCGGCUAGCUGGUGUGACGAAUAGUGUGCAUUCCUAUGACGUUCUUACGAGGAAAUGGACCAGACUCCGAGCUGCUGGGGAUCCACCUUCACCUAGGGCUGCACAUGCGGCUACUGCUGUCGGGACUAUGGUUGUGUUUCAGGGUGGCAUAGGUCCAGCUGGUCAUUCAACGGAUGACCUCUACGUGCUUGACUUGACCAAUGACAAAUUCAAGUGGCACCGAGUUGUUGUUCAAGGACAGGGUCCUGGGCCUCGAUAUGGCCACGUGAUGGAUUUGGUUGCCCAAAGAUACCUUGUUACUGUCAGUGGCAACGACGGACAAAAAGUGCUGUCAGAUUCUUGGGUUUUUGAUACUGCACAGAAACCAUAUGUAUGGCAGAGGCUUAAUCCGGAAGGGGAUAGACCUUCUGCUAGAGUGUAUGCAACAGCCAGUGCCCGCUCAGACGGCAUGUUUUUGCUUUGUGGUGGAAGAGACACCUCCGGCAUGCCAUUGGCAGAUGCUUAUGGACUGCUUAUGCACAGAAACGGGCAGUGGGAGUGGACUCUUGCACCUGGGGUGUCUCCUUCGCCAAGGUAUCAACAUGCUGCGGUAUUUGUUGGUGCGAGAUUGCAUGUUACGGGAGGUGUUCUUAGGGGAGGACGGGCAGUCGAAGCUGAAGCAGCAAGUGCAGUAUUGGACACUGCUGCUGGAGUUUGGUUCGAUAGACAUGGGUUAGUGACUUCUUCACGCACCCGCAAAGGACACACAGACCCUGAUUCUUCGUUGGAGCCCAUGCGUCGUUGUCGCCACGCGGCUGCAUCUGUUGGUGUGCGGAUAUAUAUUUAUGGUGGUCUCAAAGGAGAUAUAGUGUUAGACGAUUUUCUGAUUGCAGAAAAUUCACCAUUGCAGCCUGACAUCAAUUCUUCUGUACUAACAUCUGAGAAGGCCUCAGCAAUGACAAGUCCCAGAACAAACGAUUCAAAUCCAAGUUCUUGCACCUCUACAACAAAUCUGGAUGGCAGUCCUGAAAGCCCCUCAUUUGGCAGCUUGAGCAUGGACAAAAAUUCUAUGGAGAAACUGGCUGAGGCUUCUGCUGCUGAAGCUGAAGCAGCUAACGCUGUCUGGCAAGCUGUUCAGGCAGCAUCUGCCUCUCCUACUGAAGAAACAUCUGUUUCCAACGACAACUCACAAGUUGCGGAGACCACUUCAGAGGGUAGUGACACUGAGGGUGAUGUCCGCCUUCACCCUAGAGCUGUGGUAGUUGCUAAAGAGACUGUAGGAAACCUGGGUGGGAUGGUGAGGCAGUUGUCCUUGGAUCAAUUUGAGAAUGAGAGUAGACGAAUGGUUCCAUUGCAUAAUGACUUGUCAAAUCCUACCAAAAAGUUUACCAGGCAGAAGUCUCCUCAAGGCUUGCAUAAGAAGAUUAUAUCUACUUUGCUUAGGCCUCGAAACUGGAAACCUCCAACAAACAGGAAGUUUUUUCUGGAUUCAUAUGAAGUGGGUGAGCUUUGUUAUGCUGCUGAGCAGAUCUUUAUGCAUGAGCCCACAGUUCUUCAGUUGAAAGCUCCUGUAAAAGUGUUCGGCGAUCUUCAUGGUCAGUUUGGUGAUCUAAUGAGGCUGUUCGAUGAAUAUGGCUUUCCUUCCACUGCAGGAGACAUAACCUAUAUCGACUAUUUGUUUCUGGGUGAUUAUGUUGAUCGAGGACAGCACAGCUUGGAGACCAUCACUUUGCUCCUUGCUCUAAAGAUAGAAUACCCUGAGAAUGUUCACUUGAUUCGUGGGAAUCAUGAGGCCGCUGACAUAAAUGCACUUUUUGGUUUUCGUCUUGAAUGCAUUGAAAGAAUGGGAGAAAAUGAUGGGAUCUGGGCUUGGACGCGCUUCAAUCAACUUUUUAACUGUCUUCCACUUGCCGCACUUAUUGAGAAAAAAAUUAUCUGUAUGCAUGGUGGCAUAGGAAGGUCAAUACAUUCAGUUGAACAGAUAGAGAAACUAGAGAGGCCCAUAACUAUGGAUGCUGGAUCUAUAAUCCUAAUGGAUCUUCUAUGGUCAGAUCCCACGGAGAAUGAUAGUGUAGAGGGUUUGAGACCAAAUGCUAGAGGGCCUGGUCUUGUAACUUUUGGGCCUGAUCGGGUUACGGACUUCUGUAAGAAAAACAAAUUACAACUCAUUAUAAGAGCACAUGAAUGUGUUAUGGAUGGGUUUGAACGGUUUGCUCAGGGACAAUUGAUCACUCUUUUUUCUGCAACCAACUAUUGUGGGUCGGCCAACAAUGCUGGAGCAAUAUUGGUUGUUGGCAGAGGGUUGGUGGUUGUUCCUAAAUUGAUUCAUCCCUUGCCGCCUCCCCUUCAGUCACCAGAGACAUCUCCGGAACGUGUCAUCGAAGACACGUGGAUGCAGGAGCUUAACAUUCAAAGACCGCCAACUCCUACCAGAGGUCGCCCUCAGCCUAACCUUGAUCGGAGCUCACUCGCAUAUAUUUGAAGUCAUUCAGCCAAUCUGUGUAUUUUCGGUGUUUGAUUUGGCACGCCCGAGUUUGAGGUAGCAUGAUCAGGGGGGUUGAAUGUCAAGCAGAGGGUUCAACAUCUAUCACAAUAGACAAUCCCCUGUAUUUCGCAGAUAGAGAUAUCUAGAAAGUGGCUUUGUAGACUGUACACAGCUUGGAAAUGGUAGCAGUAUUAGACAUCGAGUUGUGAUCAUUCUUCCCCAGAUUGCUGUUGUAGUAUUUGUAGAAUGAUGCUGAUGAUCUGCUAGGAAAGUGUUCCCUGAUACCCAAAGAAGAUUUACAAGGAAGGGAGCUGGAUCUCUUUUAAGUUUUGUGUAUUAUUUAUAUCAUAAAUCAUGAGUUGAUGUCACUUGUAAAAUGGUUAUAUGUUAUAGGGCACAUUUAAAUUGUCUAAGUUUGUAACCGUGAAGCUUUGUUGUCAGCACAGCUAUUUUCUAUGGUGGCUAAGCACAGUGAGAGAAGACAGACUCAAAAGGAAAGGGAAAGAUACCCAUAGGAGGGUCAGGUAUGAGACCACAUGCAGCAGAUUAAUUGAGCAAAUUAUGUUUGAAUUUGGAAAACCCUAUUCUUGUG